AUGAAUAAAAUCAAACCAUUUUUCAAUGGCAAUAAAAAUGACGAUUUUCCUGUGUUCCGAAAUCGUGUUCACAAGGACUUUUUAAAUAAAAGCAUCGAUAGCGAUGUUUUAAAAGCAUUUAAAGAGCUCCGUUUGAGUAGUGUUGCACAAAAUAAUUGCUCUCCAUUUGGACAAAAUGGUUCUCCGUCGAUUUUAAAUUCGACGAUUGAUGAUUUCAUAGAAAUACAUGAAUAUAUUGAUAAAAAAAGAAAAGACUGGCUUGAAGAAUUUCGAAAAAUUGAUGAGCAAGCAAAAGAAAGAAAAAUUUUAUAUAUUCGACAAACUAUGGCAGAUUUUCGAGAUAAUUUUGAACGUGCGCAACGAAAAUUUGAAGCCGCUGAUGGGAAUUUGAAAAAAUUUCGAAGUCGAUCCGAUUCCGGUGCAGUUCCAAAUUAUGAUGAACGUUGUCGUGAACUGGAAGAUAUUCGCGGAGAAUGUGAUCAAGCUCGAAUAUUACAUCGUGAUAACUAUAUAACAGAAACAAAUCGUAUAGCCAGUGAAGAACAUUCUAUAACUUCUAAUUUCUUUGUCAACUUUUUAAUGGAAGAACAAUCGUUUUAUCACAGGGGUGGCGGAGCGUCAUUAAGCUAG